AAUGCAGAAAUUUGCUUUGACUAUAAAGUUAUGGAAGACAAAUUACAAAUUUAAUAUAAGAGCAGACUUGGCUUCAAGAAAAUGAUAAUAUCCCAAGUAAAAAAGGUUAAGGGUGCAAGUGUUCUUUUUUAGAGACGAAGAGCUCUUGGCCGCUCCUCAGACGGCAGACGGGGCGGUGCGCAGUGUCUGGAGAGGAAAGCCCCCCCGCAGCUGUCCAAAUUUCCGCUAUGAGCAGCAAGCCAUCUACCUCAGCGCCAGGGCGUCGGCUCCUGUCGGUGCCUGCCGCAUAUUGGCACGCAGCGGGAUUAAUUCUGGCUGUGUCCAUGUGCGCGACUGUGGCGUUUGCCUUCUUAUGGUUACGAUCGGCACAGAGCACCGCUGUUGUACUGUUGAUACACCCCUUAAGCAGCAAGUCGGCAGCGUCUGUAUACAAGACUUGCGCGAGUAGCGGGAGCGGGCUGGGGAAACGCUACCUAGUUACAGGUGCAGCUGGCUUUAUUGGCUUCCACGCCUCUGUCCAACUGCGUUCUCGCGGUGAUGUCGUCGUCGGCUUGGACAACUUCAACGAUUACUACCCGGUUUCGUUGAAGCGUGCACGGGCACAAGUGCUCGCCAGCAAGGGCGUCCCGGUCGUGGACCUGGACCUUAACGACCAGGAGGCCCUGCAAGAGCUUUUCCGGCUAUGUUCCUUCACGCAUGUGCUUCACUUUGCAGCGCAAGCCGGCGUGCGCUACGCGGCGCGCAAUCCUUUCGCUUAUGUGCAGUCAAACAUCGCAGCUAGCGUGGCCCUCAUGGAGGCCAUGCGCCUGCAGAAACCCAUGCCGGUACUCGUCUACGCCUCCUCCAGCUCCGUCUACGGGCUAUCGAAACGGUUCCCUUUCACGGAAGACGACCGUGUGGACCAGCCGGCCAGCCUGUAUGCCGCUACCAAGCGCAGCCUUGAGCUCCUGUCGCACACGUAUUUCAACAUCUAUAAGAUGUCGGUGACAGGCUUGAGGUUCUUCACGGUGUACGGACCUUGGGGCCGCCCAGACAUGAGCGUGAUGUCUUUUGCGCGCAAUAUUGUCGACGGGAAACCUAUUCGCGUGUUCCAGGGUCCCAACAACACGGAAUUAGCGCGGGACUUCACGUACGUUGGGGACAUCGUCAACGGCGUGCUGGCCGCGUUGGACACAGCGCCGCCCUCCGCCGAUCCCAAGUCCCCGCCAUCCUACCGGCUGUUCAACCUGGGCAACACACAGGUGCACACUGUAUCAGAGAUGGUGGAGACGCUGCAGGAUCUGAUGGGAAUGAAGGCGUUGGUAAAGUACCAACCGCUGGGGGCUACCGGCGACGUGCUGCGCACCAACGCCAACAUCACUGCUGCACACGAGGCGCUUGGCUACACGCCACAGACAAACCUGCGGGAGGGGCUUCAGGAGUUCGUCAAGUGGUAUUUUGAUUACUACGGUAGCGAUGGCAAGAAGAGGCCCGCGGACGAGGUCGGCUACGUGCCGGACUGA